UGUGCACAUGGUGUCCGGCAUUUAUGCUGGCAGAUGUUCAGGUAUCAGGCAGGUGAUGAUGUUAUCUCACCAUCAGUAUCAGAUCAUGAUUAUUCAGUACCAGUUUCAUGUUCAUGUUCAUGCCAACAUCAUGUUAUUGUAAUUAUUUUCGAUGUUUACUUUAGUACGAGUUUCCACAGAGCACAGUGUAUUUUAGUGCUCACGACCCACUUUUAUCAUGUUUUUCAG